AUGGUGGACGCCUCCGUGGUGAUGGUGGAGAACGCCCACAAGCACCUGGAACGAUACGGGGACACGAAAAGCCAUGCAGCGAUCAUGCUCGACGCGGCCAGAGGGGUCGGUCCGGCCCUGUUUUACAGCCUGCUGAUCAUCACCGUGUCAUUCCUGCCGGUGUUCAGCCUGACGGAACAAUCCGGUCGCUUGUUCAAACCGCUGGCGUACACCAAGACCUUCGCCAUGGCCGCCUCGGCGGUCCUGGCCAUUACCAUCGUGCCGGUACUGAUGACGUUCUUCAUUCGGCAGCGCAUCCUCCCGGAGGCACGCAAUCCGCUCAGCCGUUUUUUCAUCCGCGUGUACCACCCGUUCAUCCGGUUGGUGCUGCGAUGGCGCAAAAUCACGCUGCUCCUCGCCGUCAUCAUGCUCGCCGUGACCAUCUAUCCGCUCAGCCGACUGGGCAGCGAGUUCAUGCCGCCGCUCAACGAGGGCGAUUUUCUCUACAUGCCGACGACCCUGCCGGGCAUUUCGAUCACCAAGGCCAAGGAGUUGCUGCAGCAGACCGACAAGAUCAUCCAGCGCUUCCCGGAAGUCCUGACGACCCAUGGGAAAAUCGGCCGAGCCGAAACGGCCACCGACCCGGCUCCUUUGUCGAUGAUCGAAACGACGAUUACCCUGCGGCCCAAGGUCGAAUACGAACGCUAUCUGACCAUGCAGGAGCUGGCGGACGACCUCGACCGCGCCAUCCAGUUUCCAGGUCUGACGAAUGCCUGGACCAUGCCCAUCAAAACCCGCAUCGACAUGCUUUCCACCGGCAUCAAGACCCCUGUCGGCAUCAAGCUCAUGGGCCCCGACCUCGACGUACUCUCCGACCUGGGGGCGCAGAUCGAAGCGGUGGUGCGCGACAUUCCCGGCACCCUGUCCGUGUAUGCCGAGCGCGUCACCGGCGGCAAUUACCUGGACUUCACCAUCGACCGUACCCAGAUCGCCCGUUACGGCCUGACGGUUGGGGACGUGCAGGACGUGAUCAUGAUCGCGAUCGGCGGCAUGAACGUCACCUUCACCGUCGAAGGGCUGGAGCGCUAUCCGGUCAACCUGCGCUACAGCCGAGAGCUGCGCGACGACAUCGACCGGCUCAAGCGAGUGCUGGUGCCGACGCCUGCGGGCGCCCAGGUGCCACUGAUCCAACUCGCCGACUUCGCCAUCCGCAAAGGGGCGGCCAGCAUCAAAAGCGAAAACUCACGGCAGACCGCCUGGAUCUACGUUGAUCUGAAGGGCAUCGAUGUCGGCUCGUACGUGCGCCGGGCGAUGGCCAUCGUCGACCGCGGCGUCGAGCUGCCGCAGGGCUACUCCAUCGUCUGGUCGGGCCAAUUCGAAUACAUGGAGAAAGCCCGCCGCACCCUGCGCGUCAUCGUUCCGGUCACCCUGGUGCUCAUCUUCCUCCUCCUCUACCUCCACUUUCACAGCGUGACGGAGGCCAUGAUCGUCAUGGCCAGCCUCCCCUUCGCCUUGGUCGGCGGCGUCUGGCUUCUUUAUGUUCUGGAUUACAAUUUGUCGGUGGCAGUCGUGGUGGGAUUUAUUGCCCUGGCAGGCCUGGCGGCGGAAACCGGCGUGGUGAUGCUGGUCUAUCUUGACGAAUCGUACCAGCACCGCCAAACCGAGGGCCGGAUGAGUUCCCCCGCCGACCUGCAGGACGCAAUCAUUGAGGGGGCCGUGGACCGCGUGCGUCCGAAGCUCAUGACCGUCUCGACCACCCUUAUCGGCCUGCUGCCGGUGAUGUGGGGCACGGAAUCCGGUUCCGAGGUGAUGAAGCGCAUCGCCGCGCCCAUGGUCGGUGGCCUCGUGUCGUCAACUAUUCUCACGCUGGUCAUCAUCCCCGUGGUUUAUGAUAUCUGGAAACGUCUGGUACUUUACAGGCGCGCACGACGACGGGUUCGUGCUUUGGCCCCCGAUGGGCCGUAA